AAGGGUAAAUCCUGUGGUAUAGGGCUCAGCCCAUCAAACCACCAGUCCCCUAUGUCUGUGGUCACAACAUUCCCAUCUUGAGCCUUUAGACUCUUUACUGAAUACCAGGUAGGUUCCAGCAUUUUCUCCUAAUUGACUAUGAACCACUUUUUAGUCCAGCUUUCAAUUAAUGAAUCUAGCAGGCUAUUAAAGCCAUUCCCAGGUACUUGAGCCAACAUAUUAAAUAGGUAAAGUGCAGCGAUGACAAAAAUUGGGGCUGGUUAUUCCUUAUCAUUUGUCCCCUUGGUCUAACCCCAUUAGAAUCCACUUUAGAUUGGUAAAGUCUUGUAACUCUUUUGAUGUAUAGGCUAUUUCCUCCCAGAACACUUACCUCUCUGUCUAGGUGGUUUUGGGAUUUGAAAGGUCAUGCAGGAAAUUGUCAUUGGCUUCUGAGGUGCUGUUCCAGCUGCAGUUCUGAAAGACAGGGAUGGGUGGAGGGGGCAUCCUCUGCUGGCAAAGAAAGUUUAAGGAAAUAUGAUGGAUUAUAGUUUUAAGUCUUAUUCAUUUAGCCCAAAUGCCACCAUGCCCUUUCCCACACUCCCACUCCUUCCGCAUCAGAUCUCUUACCUUAGCCUAAGAGAGCUAGCAGGGUUGAGCAUUUAAUUAGGACUGCAGGAUUUAUUAUCAGACUCGCAGCUUAUUCCUUGGCCAUGUCUUCCCUUACUACAGGAAAUGGAGGACUUCUUCAGAGCUUCCAUGGAGGCCUUCUUCUCAAAAUGUGUUCUCAGUUGUAUGUUUGAAUGUUCAUAGAUUUAAAUUUUCUUUUUCCCCAUGUAUGCUUUCUAGAGCAGUCAGGUGAAUCCAGGUAAUACUAUAAUCUUUAUGAUCAUAAAGUGUUGGUAUAACAAGUAUGUGCCACAGCUACUUGAUCUUCCAGUGAAUUACUUUCCAUUUGCACUUCAACUCAUGCUACUGUAAGUGGUAACGUAAUCACGAUGUCGUACUGCAUGCCUCAGAUUAUCAUGUGUUUCUUCCUAGCAAGAGUUUAUCCCUCGCUCUUCAAAUAUGAGUAACUCAAUUCCAGAAUUCCAUUUUGAGGGGGUGUUCCCUGAGGCCAUUUCUAUUAAAUCAGUCAGGGUCCCAGAGGAAACUGUUGGCCAACUCCAGUUUAGUGUAAUUCAGGGAAAGUUUAAUAAAGGAACUAUUUAUAAAGAUGUGACCAGGAUGUAGGGAAACCAUUAAGUGCAGUACCAUGGGAUCAGUAACGACUUGGGAUUCCCAUACCUAGAUCUAAAGGGAUAAGGGAAGAGAGCCAUAUGAAGAGGACUCCUGUAUAACUAAGUGUGACCUUUAAUUUUGAUAGGCAGCCAACUUAGGGAGGGGAAACUGAGGGAGGAGGAUAUAAUCUCUAACUUUCCUUUUCUCCUUUCCUUUUCUUCUUCCCUGUAAUCUUCUGAGGAGUUUCCCACUGGCUGAAGCAAAACAGAAGCCACAGAGUAAGAAGACCUGCUGAUGUAGCCAAUACAGCCCCAGGAAGCCGCUAGAGUGAAGCUAAGUCAUUUCUGGACGGGGUAUAUUGGAUGAGAGGAAAGAUUUAAACCAACUGUUGCCUAAUUAACGUUUUUACCUAAGGUUGUCCCGGACAUUUGUAAUAAUUACAACAAUUAUUGUGGAAACGCUGUUACUCUCUUCCCUUCAACACAACCUGUUUACAAAAUCUAAAGGAGAAUUUCAAUUCUUAAGUUGUGGAUUUCAGGAGACCGCCAAAACUCCGCUCCUCUUUUCGCUUCUCGGUAGAGAGCAACUAGCUGCCUGUUUCAUUAUUUAAAUAAAGCGCUGCCGUCCCAUUGGUCAGUGGCCUAUGCUGAGCACUGAUUGGUCCUUCGAUCAGGUGGGCGGUACCCGGAGGUGCCCAUUGGUGGAGGCGGGAAGUUUAAACAGACAGAAAGCCGCACUGGUUUUGCUCCUCUUUCGGGUUUGCGGACUUGUGGAGCCCCUUUCCUUUUUUUGUGGAGUUUCGGCAACUGUAAAAGAAAGGUGGGCGAAUUAGCUUGCACAGUCGACUCUCAGGGGAAGCCGUCGGCGUUCCUCGGGGCUCCCUGGUGCUGAGCAGCUUCGUGGGAGUGGAGGAGGGAGAUCCGGGCGGAGUCUCCAAGCUGCCAUGGCGACCCGGCGUGCCGGGCGAAGCUGCUGGGAGCGGAGUCCCACCGAACCCGGGCCGCCGGCUGGGCUGCGGAACACCGUGGCCGAGGAGGAGGCGGCUUCCCCGCCGGUCCUGUCUCUCAGCCACUUCUGCAAGUCGCCUUUCCUCUGCUUCGGCGAUGUUCGCCUCGGAGCCUCUCGGACGCUGCCCCUGGCCCUGGACAAUCCUAAUGAGGAGGUGGCAGAAGUGAAGAUCUCCCGCUUUCCCGCCGUGGACAGGGGCUUCAGCAUCUCGCAGCGCUGUUUCGUGUUGCAGCCUAAAGAAAAAAUUAUUAUUUCUGUUAACUGGACACCAUUCAAAGAAGGCCGAGUAAGAGAGAUUGUUACAUUUCUUGUAAAUGAUGUGCUGAAACACCAAGCUAUAUUAUUAGGAAAUGCAGAAGAGCGGAAAAAGAAAAAGCGGAGUCUUUGGGAUACCAUUAAUAAGAAGAAAGUUUCAACCUCUUCAAGUCAUAACAAAAGGAUUUCAAAUAGCCAAAAUUUUAAUAAAACAUUUAGUAUUUCCCAAAAAGUUCACAGAGUUAGGAGCCCAUUACAAGCUUGUGAAAAUUUGGCUAUUAAUGAAGGGUGUUCCCCAACAGAAAACCAUUCUUUAAUCCUUGAAGAAAAUAGGAUACCCAUAUCAUCUACUAGCCCCUCUUUCAAAGAAGGCCAUGGUGAGACUUGCUUGCCACUUUCUAGACAUCAUUCUACUACCUAUACAUCUCUUCAUGCAACUGAAAACGGGGAAUUAUUGAAAAUAAAAGGUGCCAACAUUUCAAAAGAUUUAAAUUUUAAUGAGAAAAUCAUAACUGAAACUUCCUUUAACUCUGUAAAUAAUAUUAAUAGCCAAAUUGAAGAGAAUAAUAGACUUAUUCUUACCCCAGGCUAUUCUUCAACUUUGAGCACUACACAAAGCCAAGGAAAUUUCCUAAGUCCAGAUUCCUUUGUCAAUAAUAGCUGUGUAGGUAAUAAUGAACUAGAAUUAGUGGCAUGUCUUUCAUCAGAUAAAUUUGUGAAAGAUGAUUCAAAACCUACGCAUUUGGAAUCAAAAACUGUACAUGAAAUUUAUCAAACUAUUUUAAGUCCAGACUCUUUUGUAAAUGAUAGUUAUGGACUAAAUUGGGAUCCAGAAUCAGAAUCAAUUAAUCCCAUUCUAUCACCAAAUCAAUUUGUAAAAGAUAGUAUGGCAUAUAUAUGUACAUCUCAGCAAACAUGUAGAUUAUCAUCAUCAUCGAAUGAAAAUUCUAAGGCCCCAGAGUCUUCUCAAGAUUGGAGAACAAAUAAACUUUUAGCAUGUCUUCCCGAAAGUCAGUGUUCAAAAUCUGCCAAAACUAUUUUUGAAGAACCCAAAACUGUAGAAAUGAAGUCAGAUUACUACAGUUUUACAAAACAAAAUCAUCCUAAAUUUUCUGCAUUUCAGGAUACUUCUAGCUACAACCACAAUAAACAACCUAAGAAACGCCCAAUACUUUCUGCCACUGUUACUAAAAGAAAGCCCACCUGUGCCAGAGAAAACCAAACUGACACUAAUAAACCAAAGGCAAAAAGAUGUCUCAAUAGUGCAGUAGGUGAAUGUGAAAAAGUAAUAACAGAUCAUCAAAAAAAGAAAGAAGCUUUCCAUUCUUAUCUUCCAAUUAUAGAUCCAAUCUUAAGUAAAUCUGAGAAUAAAAAUGAAAUAACUCCAUUUUCCUCAAAGAUAGCUUCAGUUGCUCGCAAGAGAAAGAGUGAUGGAAACAUGGAAGAUACAAAUGCGAAGGUUGCAGUUACAGAACUUACAGAAUUGCAAGAAAUCAAAAGAAUCUAUUUUUCUCCUGUGGCAUAUAAAACGUCAACUGUUAAAAAAACAAAAAAGGUGAUAACACCUGUCUCAAAACGUAAUAGCAAUAAAGAGAAAUUAAACAUGAAGAAUAAAGCAGAUUCGUUAGUAUGCAGAACUUCUAGUUCUAAAACAAGCAGGAGGACUAAAACCAUUGUUGCUGUGGCACGAUCCAACUUGACCUUCAUAAAACCAUUAAAAACAGAUAUUCCUAGACACCCGAUGCCAUUUGCUGCAAAAAACAUAUUUUAUGAUGAACGCUGGAAGGAAAAGCAGGAAAAGGGCUUCACUUGGUGGCUAAAUUUUAUAUUAACUCCUGAUGACUUCAGUGUAAAAACCAGUAUUUCUGAAGUAAAUGCUGCUACUCUUCUUUUGGGAGUAGAGAAUCAACAUAAGAUAAGUGUUCCUAGAGCACCUACAAAAGAAGAAAUGUCUCUCAGAGCUUAUACUGCUCGUUGCAGAUUGAAUGGAUUGCGUCGUGCUGCUUGCUGUUUAUUUACUUCUGAAAAAAUGGUUAAAGCUAUUAAAAAGCUUGAAAUUGAAAUAGAAACUAGGCGGUUAAUUAUUCGAAAAGACAGACACCUGUGGAAGGAUGUGGGAGAGCGACAGAAAGUCCUGAAUUGGCUUUUGUCAUAUAAUCCCUUGUGGCUACGAAUCGGUCUUGAGACAAUUUAUGGUGAACUCAUACCUUUGGAAGACAACAGUGAUGUCACAGGGCUGGCUGUGUUUAUCCUGAAUCGCUUACUUUGGAAUCCUGAUAUAGCAGCUGAGUAUAGACACCCCAGUGUUCCUCAUCUUUACAGAGAUGGGCAUGAAGAAGCUUUGUCUGCAUUUACAUUGAAAAAGCUAUUAUUGUUGGUCUGUUUCCUUGAUUAUGCUAAAAUCUCCAGACUGAUUGAUCAUGAUCCUUGUCUUUUUUGUAAAGAUGCUGAAUUCAAGGCUAGUAAAGAAAUUCUUCUGGCUUUUUCGCGAGACUUCCUAAGCGGAGAAGGUGACCUUUCCCGUCACCUUACUUUCUUAGGAUUGCCUGUUAGCCAUGUUCAGACACCAUUUGAUGAAUUUGAUUUUGCUGUUACAAAUCUUGCUGUAGACUUGCAAUGUGGAGUGCGUCUUGUGCGAACCAUGGAACUUCUUACUCAGAACUGGAGUCUCUCAAAGAAACUCAGAAUUCCUGCAAUAAGUCGUCUUCAAAAGAUGCACAAUGUUGACAUUGUUCUUCAAAUUCUUAAAUCACAAGGAAUUCAGUUAACUGAUGAGCAAGGAAAUACAAUCCUAUCUAAGGACAUCGUGGAUAGGCACAGGGAAAAAACUCUAGCGUUGCUUUGGAAAAUAGCAUUGGCUUUCCAGGUGGAUAUUUCCCUUAAUUUAGAUCAAUUAAAGGAAGAAAUUGACUUUUUAAAACACACACAGUGUAUAAAGAAAACAGUAUCUUCACUAUCAUGUCAUUCUGAUGCUGUCAUGAAUAAGAUAAAAGACAAAAGGAAUAGUGCUUCCUUUGAACAUUAUAGAGAAAGCAUAAAGCUAUUGAUGGAUUGGGUAAAUGCUGUUUGCGCCUUCUAUAAUAAGAAAGUGGAGAAUUUUACAGUGUCUUUCUCAGAUGGUCGUGUGUUAUGUUACCUGAUCCACCACUACCAUCCUUGCUAUUUGUCUUUUGAAGCUAUAUGUCAGCGUACCACUCAGACCACGGAAUGCACACAAACUGGUUCAGUGGUGUUAAAUUCAUCAUCUGAAUCAGAUCAUAGUUCUCUGGAUAUGUCUCCUAAAGCAUUUGAUCAUGUAGAAAAUACUUCAGAACUAUACAAGGAGCUCCUAGAAAAUGAAAAGAAAAAUUUUCAGUUGGUUAGCUCUGCAGUUAGAGACCUGGGUGGAAUACCCGCUAUGAUUCAUCAUUCAGAUAUGUCAAAUACAAUUCCAGAUGAAAAGGUGGUUAUUACCUAUUUGUCAUUUCUUUGUGCAAGACUUUUGGAUCUUCGUAAAGAAACAAGAGCUGCUCGACUUAUACAGACAACUUGGAGAAACUAUAAACUAAAAAGAGACCUAAAACACCAUCAGGAGAGAGACAAAGCUGCAAGAAUUAUUCAAUUUGCUAUAAUCAAUUUUCUAUCUAAACAACGAUUGAAAAAGGAGGUUAAUGCAGCACUGAUCAUUCAGAAAUAUUGGCGAAAACUCUUAGCACAGAGAAAAUUAUUAAUUUUAAAAAGGGAGAACCUGGAAAAGAUUCAAAAUAAAUCUGCAUCAGUUAUUCAGGGAUAUUGGAGAAGAUAUUCCACUAGAAAAAGAUUUCUGAAAUUGAAAUAUUAUUCAAUCAUCUUGCAAUCUAGGAUAAGGAUGAUAAUUGCAGUUUCUUCUUAUAAACGAUAUCUAUGGGCUACGGUUGCAAUUCAGAGGCAUUGGCGUGCUUAUUUAAGGAAGAAAGAAGAUCAACAAAGAUAUAAAAUGCUAAAAUCAUCAACCCUUAUCAUCCAGUCAAUGUUCAGAAGAUGGAAGCGACGUAAAAUGCAAUUACAAUUAAAAGCUACGAUAAUACUGCAAAGUGCUUUUAGAGAAUGGCAUGCCAGGAAACAAGCUAAAGAAGAAAAAUCUGCUAUUGUCAUACAAUCAUGGUAUAGAAUGAACAAAGAAUUACGGAAAUAUAUUCAUAUUAGAUCUUGUGUUGUUAUCAUACAGAGAAGAUUUCGAUGCUUUCAAGCCCAAAUGUCAUAUAAAAGAAAAAGAGAGUCUAUAAUGACAAUCCAGAAAUACUACAAAGCAUAUCUGAAAGGAAAGAUUGAGCAUACCCACUAUUUGCAGAAACGGGCUGCAGCCAUUCAACUGCAGACUGCUUUCAGGAGGAUGAAAGCUCACAAUUUACAUAGACAAAUUAGAGCUGCUCGUGUUUUUCAAUCAUAUUGGAGAAUGAGAAAAGACAGAUCUCAAUUUUUAAACCUUAAGAGGAUUGUUAUCAAAUUGCAGGCAUGCAUAAGAAGACAUCAACAAUUGCAGAAAUAUAAGAAGAUGAAGAAAGCCACCCUUAUAAUUCAGGCUUAUUUCCGAGCUUACGUUUCAGCCAGGAAAGUUCUAGCAUGUUAUCAGAAAACACGUUGUGCGGUGAUUGUUCUACAGUCUGCAUAUAGAAGGAUGCAAACUAGGAAAAAGUUUAUUCAUGUUCUAACAUCUGUUAUAAAGAUUCAGUCAUAUUAUCGUGCUUAUAUUUCCCAUAAAAAAUUUCUGAGCCUAAAAUAUGCUACAAUAAAGCUACAAUCAAUUGUCAAGAUGAAACAAGCACGUAAACAAUAUUUACAUUUAAAAGAAGCUACACUGUGCAUCCAGCGAUGGUACCGGUCCAAAAAAAUGGCUGCACUAAAGAGAGAAGAAUACAGGCAGGUGCAUAAAUCAUGUAUCAAACUGCAAGCUUUUGUUAGAGGAUACUUGGUCCGAAAGCAGAUGAGGCUGCAAAGAAAAGCAGCUAUUUCCCUACAAUCUUAUUUCAGAAUGAGAAAAAUGAGGCAGUAUUAUCUGAAAGUUUUUAAAGCAACUAUUGUCAUUCAGAAAUACUAUCAUGCAUACAAAGCAAAAGUCAACCAGAAGAAGAACCUGCAAGUCAACAGAGCAGCUACCUGCUUGCAAGCAGCUUACAGAGGUUAUAAAGUACGCCACCUAAUCAAACAGCAAUCAAUAGCUGCUCUUAAAAUUCAAACUGCUUUUAGAGGUUAUAGUAAAAGGAUGAAAUAUCAAUCUAUGCUUCAGGCUACUAUCAAGAUUCAGAGAUGGUACAGGGCAUACAAGACUGUUCAAGAUAUAAGAACACAUUUUUUGAAGACAAAGGCAGCAGUGAUUUCUCUCCAGUCUAUUUAUCGUAGCUGGAAAGUUCGGAAGCAGAUCAGAAGGGAACAUAAAGCUGCAAUAAAGAUUCAGUCUGCUUUUAGAAUGGCCAAGGCCCAGAAACAGUUUGGAUUGUUAAAAACAGCAGCACUGGUCAUCCAGCAACACCUGAGAGCAAGGAUUGUAGGACAGAAGCAACAUAUGGAGUAUGUCAAACUCCGUCAUGCAGCACUGAUGCUUCAAGCUGCAUGGAAGAGAAAAACAAUGAGAAGACAUAUUCAAAAGCAACACAAAUGUGCUAUCAUCAUACAGUCCUAUUACAGAAUGUAUGUGCAGCAAAAGAAGUGGAAAGUCAUGAAAAAAGCUAUUCUUGUGAUUCAAAUGUAUUAUAGGGCUUACAGUAUUGGAAAGAAACAGCAUCAUUUGUAUUUGAGAACUAAAGCAGCUAUAGUAAUUUUACAAACAGCUUACCGAAGCGUUAGGGUGAGAAAAAAAAUAAAAGAAUGCAACAAAGCAGCAGUUACUAUACAGUCUAAAUAUAAAACUUACAAAACCAGAAAGAAGUAUUUAACCUAUAGAGCUUCAGCUAUUACAAUUCAAAGAUGGUACCGAGAUAUUAAAAUUGCCAGCCAUCAACGUAAGGAAUAUCUUAAUUUAAAGACUGUAGCAAUUAAAAUCCAAGCUGUUUAUAGAGGUAUAAGAGUAAGAAGACGUAUUCAACACAUGCACAUGGCAGCCACUUUUAUUAAAGCAAUGUUUAAAAUGCAUCAUUCAAAAAUAAGAUACCAUACAAUGAGAAGAGCAGUUAUUAUAAUUCAAGUAAGAUACAGAGCAUAUUGUCAGGGUAAAAUUCAGCGUGCAAAGUACUUGACAGUUUUGAAAGCUAUUACUAUUCUUCAGGCAAGUUUUAGAGGACUAAGAGUUAGACAGACUCUAAAAAAGAUGCAGAUUGCAGCAACACUCAUUCAGUCAUACUAUAGAAGGUACAGACAGCAAAAAUAUUUUAAUAAGCUAAAGAAGGCAACAAAAAUAGUACAGCAAAGAUACCGUGCUGUAAAGGAAAGAAACAUACAAUUUCAAAAAUAUAACAAAUUGAGGCAUUCCAUAAUAUGCAUUCAGGCUGUUUUUAGGGGGGUGAAAGCUAGAAGACAUUUGAAAGUUAAGCAUUUAGCUGCAACCCUUAUUCAAAGGAGAUUUAGAACACUAAUGAUGAGAAGAAGAUUUCUUUCUCUCAGGAAAACUGCUCUUUGGGUUCAGAGAAAAUAUCGUGCGAAUGUUUAUGCAAGGCAUCAUUUACAAUUCUUACAGUUACAAAAGGCAGUUAUUAAAAUUCAGUCUUUGUGUAGAAGAUUGAUAGUAAAGAAAAAGUUGCAAGAGAUGCACAGGGCUGCAGUUCUCAUCCAGGCUACUUUCAGGAUGCACACAGCAUAUAUGAGAUACUGGGCUUUGAAACAGGCCUCAGUUAUAAUUCAGCAGCAAUACCGAGCAAACAGAGCUGCAAAAAUGCAGAGACAGUGUUAUCUCAUACAAAGACAUUCUGCUGUGAUUCUUCAGUCUGCAUUUAGGGGUAUGAAAACUAGAAGACACUUGAAAAGUAUGCACUCUUCUGCAACCGUUAUUCAGAGCAGGUUUAGGUCUUUAGUGACAAGGAGAAGAUUCGUUAACCUCAAAAAAGCUGCAGUUUUUGUUCAGAGGAAAUACCGAGCCACCAUUUGUGCCAAGCAUUGCUUGCACCAAUUUUUGCAGUUACAAAAGGCGGUCAUUAUAAUCCAGUCAAAUUACCGAAGACUGAUAGUAAAGAAAAAGUUACAAGAGAUGCACAGGGCUGCAGUUCUCAUUCAGGCCACUUUCCGAAUGCACAGAACCUAUGUUACAUUUCAGACUUGGAGACAUGCCUCAAUUCUAAUUCAGCAAUAUUACCGAACAUACAGAGCUGCAAAGUUGCAAAGAGAAAAUUAUAUCAGACGACAGCAUUCUGCUGUGGUCAUUCAGGCUGCAUAUAGGGGAAUGAAAACAAGACAGCUUUUAAGGGAAAAACACAGAGCUGCUAUCAUAAUACAAAGCACAUACAGAAUGUAUCGACAGUAUUAUUUCUACCAAAAGGUCCAGUGGGCUACAAAAGUAAUACAGGAAAAAUACAGAGUAAGUAAAAAUAAACAAAAAGCUCUUAAGGCAGCAGCUUGUAUUCAGGCAGAUUUUCAGGGCAGGAACAUUAAGGAGCAAAUUCAGAAACGACAUCAGGCUGCCAUUAUUAUUCAGAAGCAUUUUAAAGCCUUUAAAGUAAGGAGUCAUUAUCUCCAUCUUAGAGCAACAGUAAUUUUUGUUCAAAGAAGAUACAAAGAACUAGUUGCAAUGCAAGUCCAAGUCCGCACCCAAGCAGUUAUUUGUAUACAGUCUUAUUACAGAGGCUUUAAGGUACGAAGGGAUAUCCAGCGUAUGCACCUGGCUGCCACACUAAUUCAGUCAUUCUACCGAAUGCACAGGGCCAAAGUUGUUUAUCAAGCACAGAAAACUGCAAUUGUUGUUAUACAGAAUUAUUAUAGGUCUUAUAUCAGAAAAAAAAAGGAAAGAAAUAAAUUUUUAGCAAUGCAGAUAUCUGUAUGGUCUGUUCACGCUGCUUUUAGAGGAAUGAAAGUUAGAUGGAAACUGAAAACCACAUCUGAGAAAAAGAUGGUAACUGUUUACCAACCUGCCUUCUGCUGUAACAGAACUAACAUGCAACAUAAAGCUGUUCAGAGGGAGGCUAUUAUGACUCAAAAGGGGUAUAAAACUUCUCUACUUGCUUGUUCACAGAAAGCAGAGUAUCAUUCUCAAAGAAAGGCUGCAAUAACAAUUCAAAGAGCUUUUCGUAAAAUGGUCACAAGAAAACUGGAAAUGCGGAAGUGUGCUGCCCUACAAAUUCAGUCCUACCUUCAGAUGGUUGUAUAUCGAAGAAGAUUUACUCAGCAAAGAAGAGCUGCUGUCACUUUACAGCAGUAUUUCAGGACAUGGCAAACCAGAAAACAGUUUUUAUUGUAUAAAAAAGCAGCAGUGGUUUUACAAAAUCACUACAGAGCAUUUCUGUCUGCAAAACAUCAAAGACAAAGUUUUUUACUAGUCAGGAGCAGCAUUAUCAUUAUUCAAGCAAGAAUGAAAGGAUUUAUACAAAAACAGAAGUUUCAGAAAAUUAAAGAUAGCACCUUAAAAAUCCAGUCUGUGUGGAGGCGAUAUGAAGCCAGGAAAUAUUUAUGUAAAGUGAAAGCAGCCUGCAAGAUUCAAGCCUGGUAUAGGGGUUGCAGAGCACGUAAAGAAUAUCUAGGUAUAUUAAAAGCUGUUAAAAUCAUUCAAGGUUGCUUCUAUACCAAGCUGGAGAGAACACGAUUUUUGAAUGUGAGAGCAUCAACAGUUAUUAUUCAGAGAAAAUGGAGAGCUACACUUUCUGCUAGAAGAGAUCAUGAGCACUUCUUAAUAAAAAGACAUCAAGCUGCUUCUUUGAUCCAAGCAAAUUUUAGAGCAUAUAAAGGAAGGCAGAUCUUUCUUCAGCAGAAAUCUGCUGCUUUGAUCAUACAAAGAUAUAUACGAGCAAGGAAGGCUAGGAAGCAUGAAAGGAUGAAAUACACUGAAUUAAAAAAAUCUACAGUUGUUCUACAAGCAAAUGUACGUGGUUGGUUAGUAAGAAAGAGAAUUUUAGAGCAGAGAACCAAACUUCGGCUUCUUCACUUUACAGCAGCUGCAUAUUAUCACCUGUCUGCUCUUAGAAUCCAAAGAGCGUAUAAACUUCACCUUGCUGUGAAGAAGGCUAACAAGCAGAUCAAUUCAGUCAUCUGUAUUCAGAGUUGGUUUCGAGAAAGAUUACAACAAAAGAAGCUUAUUCAGAAAUAUCAGAGCAUCAGAAAAAUUCAACAUGAGCUUCAAGAACAGCUGAGCCAAGAAAAUAGAGCAGCAUCAGUAAUACAGAAAGCAGUACGCCAUUUUCUCCUCUGUAAAAAACAGGAAAAAUUUAACAGUGGAAUUAUUAAAAUUCAGGCAUUAUGGAGAGGCUAUUCUUGGAGGAAGAAAAAUGAUUGUACAAAAAUUAAAACUAUACGACUAAGUCUUCAAGUGGUAAAUAGGGAAAUUCGAGAAGAAAACAAACUCUACAAAAGAACUGCACUUGCACUUCACUAUCUUUUGACAUAUAAGCACCUGUCAGCCAUUCUUGAGGCUUUAAAGCACUUAGAGGUAGUUACUAGGUUGUCUCCGCUUUGUUGUGAGAACAUGGCCCAGAGUGGAGCAAUUUCCAAAAUAUUUGUUUUGAUCCGAAGUUGUAAUCGGAGUGUACCUUGUAUGGAAGUCAUCAGAUAUGCUGUACAAGUCUUGCUUAAUGUAGCUAAGUAUGAGAAAACUACAUCAGCAGUUUAUGAUGUAGAAAAUUGUAUAGAUACUCUACUGGAGCUUUUGCAGAUGUACCGAGAAAAGGCUGGUGACAAAGUUGCAGACAAGGGUGGAAGCAUUUUCACAAAAACUUGUUGUUUGUUGGCUGUUUUAUUGAAGACAACAAAUCGAGCCUCCGAUGUUCGAAGUCGGUCCAAGGUUGUUGACCGUAUUUACAGUCUCUACAAACUUACGGCUCAUAAACAUAAAAUGAAUACUGAAAGAAUACUUUAUAAACAAAAGAAGAAUUCUUCUAUAAGCAUUCCCUUUAUUCCAGAAACACCAGUAAGAACCAGAGUAGUUUCACGACUCAAGCCAGAUUGGGUUUUGAGAAGAGAUAAAAUGGAAGAAAUCACAAAUCCUCUGCAAGCUAUUCAAAUGGUGAUGGACACACUUGGCAUUCCUUAUUAGUAAAUGUAAACAUUUUCAGUAUGUACAGUAGAAAGAAAUAUUACAGCUAAUCAUGAAUAUAUAAAAUGUUUUUUGGCUUUCUUUGUACUUCUAAAA